GCCGCCGCCGCGCGCGCUCCCACAAUUCCCCGCGGCCGCGCCCCGCCCGCCUCUUCCCCGCCUCCAUCAUGGCGCAGGAGCAGGGUGAGAAGGAGAACCCGAUGCGGGAGCUGCGCAUCCGCAAGCUCUGCCUCAACAUCUGCGUCGGCGAGAGCGGGGAUCGGCUCACCCGCGCCGCCAAGGUGCUGGAGCAGCUCACGGGCCAGACGCCCGUGUUCUCCAAGGCCCGGUACACGGUGAGGUCCUUCGGGAUCAGGAGGAACGAGAAGAUCGCCGUUCACUGCACGGUUCGCGGGGCCAAGGCCGAGGAGAUCCUGGAGAAGGGGCUCAAGGUGCGAGAAUACGAGUUGAGGAAAAACAACUUCUCAGACACGGGCAACUUUGGCUUUGGAAUCCAGGAACACAUCGAUCUGGGCAUUAAAUACGAUCCCAGCAUUGGGAUCUACGGCCUGGAUUUCUACGUGGUGCUGGGCAGGCCGGGUUUCAGCAUUGCUGACAAGAAGCGCAGGACUGGCAACAUCGGGGCCAAGCACAGGAUCGGCAAGGAGGAAGCCAUGCGCUGGUUCCAGCAGAAGUAUGAUGGCAUCAUCCUUCCCGGUAAAUGAGCAGUUCCUGUUACUUCCAGAGAAGUAAAUAAAUUUUUCUAACCCCUAA